GUGAGGGACGCGGAUAAAAAAGUGACGUUCACGGAACACUUGUACUCACAAAAGAUACGGAGCCGCACAGCACUGCACUAAGUGUGGCGUUUCCCGGCAGGUGUCUUUUUAAUCCCCCUUCUCCCUGUGAAAUUCCGACGACAUUUGUAUAUGAAAUCCGAGUCCCCCCUCUGCUUCGGAAAGAGAAGGAGAGAGAGAGAGCAAUAGAGCAAACGUUAAGCCAGUCAUUGCGAUGGCCUCCGGUAGCGGUAGCGACAUGAACAGAGAAAUGAUCCUGGCCGACUUUCAGGCUUGCACUGGUAUUGACAACAUAGCAGAAGCUAUCGCUCUACUGGAACUGAACAACUGGGAUUUAGUGGCAGCGAUCAAUGGUGUGAUUCCACAGGAAAAUGGCAUCUUACAAAGCAACUUCUCUGGCGAAGGUUCCCCGACUGGCAUGUUCAGCCUCCGCAGUCACCCGUCAGCCGCGGCACCGGCCCCGGCCCCUCCUCCUCCGCCCUCCUCGUCCACCUCCUCGUCCUCCUCAGCCUUUUGCCCUGUCCUCCCCACGCGGCACAUCGUGGAGAGGCAGCCGCGCAUGCUAAACUUUCGCGUGGAGUACCGCCAGCGCUCCGUAGAGGUGGUGCUAGAGGACACCGGCACAGUGGGUGACAUCAAACAGAUCCUCGAGACAGAGCUGCAGAUCCCCAUGGCGAAAAUGCACCUGAAGGGCUGGAAGACGGGAGACGUGUCUGACAGUACCGUCCUGCGCAGUUUACACUUGCCCAAGAACAACAGCCUGUAUGUCUUGACCCCCGACAUCGCCCAUGCAGCAACGUCCGGCCUCAGCAGUGCUCAGCAGGAGGCAGCCAGCCAGAACUUCCUGCUGAUUGUGAGCCACCGCGAGGCCCAGCGGGACUACAGCCUCAACUUCCCCGGGAGCAGAACUCUCCAGGAGGUGAAGAGGAACAUUUCCGAUCUGACAAACAUUCCCGUCCGGCACCAGCAAUGGGAGGGAUGGCCAACUACCGCCACCGACGAUUCGAUGACGCUGGCGGCCUCUGGGAUCAGCUACCCCUGCCAUCAUCUGAGCGUGUGCCGGAGAGCCUCGCCCACCCAAGCCCGAGAGCAGUCCGAUGAGUGUACAGAUGUGCACAUGGUGAGCGACAGCGAGGGCGAGGACUUUGAGGAUGCUUCCGAAUUUGGAGUGGACGAGGCGGAAAUAUUCGGAAUGGGUACCUCAGGAUGUCGGAAGUCUCCCAUGAUUCCUGAGAACACGGAGAACGAGGGUGACGCCCUGCUGCACUUCACAGCUGAGUUCUCGGCGCGGUACGGGGACUCCCAUCCAGUUUUUUUCAUUGGCUCCAUGGAGGCAGCGUGUCAGGAGGCAUUCUACGGCAAAGCCAGAGACAGGAAGCUGCUGGCCAUCUACCUCCACAGUGACACCAGCGUGCUGGCCAACGUCUUCUGCUCUCAGAUGCUGUGUGCCGAGUCCAUCGUCUCAUAUCUCAGCCAGAACUUCAUCACCUGGGCCUGGGAUGUCACUAAAGAAGCUAACAAAGCCAGGUUACUAACCAUGUGUACGAGGCACUUUGGAAGCGUGGUCGCGCAAACCAUCCGGACAUACAAGACUGAUGAGUUUCCUCUCCUCCUCAUUGUCAUGGGCAAACGGGCGUCCAAUGAAGUUUUAAAUGUCAUCCAAGGGAACACAACGGUGGAUGAGUUGAUGAUGAGGCUAAUGGGAGCUAUAGAGAUCUUCACUGCCCAGCAGCAAGAAGACAUCAGAGAUGAGGAUGAGCGUGAAGCCAGGGAGAUGGUGAAGAGAGAGCAGGACGAAGCUUACCGCCUGUCAUUGGAGGCUGACCGCAGGAAGAGGGAGGCCCAGGAGCGGGAGGAGGCAGAGCAGGUCCGCCAGGAGCAGAUCCGGAGGGAGCAGGAGGAGGAGCGCGAGGCCAUCCGGCUGUCACUGGAGCAAGCGCUACCCCCGGAGCCCGAGGACGAGAGCGACGUGCCCGUCAGCAAGCUGCGCAUCCGCACACCCAGCGGCGAGUUCCUGGAGCGACGCUUCCUGGGGAGCUGCAAGCUGCAGGUGCUCUUUGACUUCCUGGCCUCCAAGGGCUUCCCCUGGGACGAGUUUAAGAUCCUCACCACCUUCCCCCGCAGAAACAUCAGCCAGCUGGAUCCAGCGUGGACUUUCAUGGAGGCCAAACUGUUCCCUCAGGAGACACUUUUUUUGGAAGCCAAGGAGUAGAGCCCUUUUACCAGGGGAGGAGCAGGCUGGCGGAGCAGCCAGAAAAAACCCUGGAGUGGAUCGCAUCUGCACUGUCUCUGUCUCUCUCUCUCUCUCUCUCUCUCUUUCUCGCACACAGACACAUGGACACGCAUACCCACAACAGCGCCCCCAACAGGUGCGGCUCCACACAGCACCUCACAUGCAGUGUGUAUGUGCAUACAGACAUGCAUACGCAAACCAUGCGUGUACACAGGCCGCAUGCAGUUGACCACACACUCCUCCCUCACCUGCCAUGUCUCUCUUCUCUGUCCACACUCAUAAAAAAGACUUUCCCACAAAAAGCUUUUUAGAUGUUUUGUGUGUAAAGGGGGGAAAAAUAGAAAACAAAAAACAAAACAGACCUUUGGAGGAUGCUGGACUCUUGCCACUGACUUUAGGCUCCAUGAUUUUUGACCAAAGGACAGGCUCACCCAUUGCAAUCUUCCGUCACCCCCCCUCGCUUACCCCCAGCAUCAGUUACCCUGGUUUUGCUGUCAAUGCCAUGUCCACCGCGAUUUUUUCCCUGUUUUGAGUUUAGUUUGGUAUACAUUAUAUAAACUUUGACUAUGUACCUGCGUGAGCCAUUCUCUCUCUCAAAACACACUUGCAUGCAACUGUUAUUUUGUCCUAAUUUUAAGCUUUGUAUUAUGGAAAUUAUUUUCUAAUUUAUGUGUAAAUGUCAGUUCAGAUUAGCAGAGCUGUUCCCAGCCUUCAUUGUUUUAGGUGGACUUUUCAGGGUAGCCACUCAAUAUCCUUUUGCCUUCAAGGACUAUGUUAAUAUUUUACACUGAAUGAAAUCCAAUAGUUAUUGCAUAUUUAUUUUUUAAUUGUACUGCCCAUUUAAAACUUGUCCUCCCUUUUUAUAGAGUGUUCAUAAGCUGUUUUUUUAAUUUAAUUUUUUUUUGCCAAUGCUGUGAUUGUUAAUACCAUUAUUGGAUUCUUAUAAUUGCCAGCUCUGAGUGUAAACAUUAAAAUCUACUCAGGAUUCUUCAGUUGGCCUUUGGGAUUCUUCACGGUUCCAGCUUUGCUCUCUGACCCAAGGAGGGGUACGACAGCUAAACUACCACACGGGACUGUUGCUUUUCACCUAUCGGUAUUCAGACUGGGCAGGUAACUCUGAAGACAGCAUAUGGCUUUGAACUGCUGCUUUUUCAGUUCUGGGUCUGCAUGCCCAGAUUUUCAUAACUGCAGCAAGAAGCACCUACAACAUGCACUGUGGGGACAGUUUCAGGCAAAUAGCAUUUGGUCUGGAACAUUUUUAUCUUUCCGUAAUUACACUAACACGUUUAACUGUUAAUAUAUUAACAAAACUACAUGUAAUAUGUUACUUGUAGUUUAAAAUUUUAUUUGGCGUUUUAAUUAAAUAAAUUUAAAGAUUAAUAUAAAAAAGGAUUAAUAUACUAAUAUCAGACAUGUCAACAGAAUAAAACUCCAUUCACUCUGGCCAUUUUAACUUUUCAAAUACAGUGGAAGCCACUUGUAGUGAUCAACUGCUUAUAUGGAUAAAGAAACUUGAGACAGAAUCAUUCCUGUAUAAAUAGUUUAAAUAAUUAGUCGUAUAGUAAUCAAGUAGUCCUCUUAAAAUGUUCAUUUUGUGUCUUUUUAUACAUGACAACAUACGGAAAAAAUUAUGGUAAUUUUUUUUUUACUUGCCUACUUUGCCUUGCAGUAACCCAUCUGUUUCUGGCCAGCUACCUGCUGCGUGUACAGAAAACAUGACGGGGAAAAAGAGUAAUUUUCUCUGAAUGACAAAUACACACAUCAAAUCUUAUGCCAAAAAUAUGCCACCAAGAUGCAGCAGCGAAAUUACAAUAAGGUGUAUUUUAUGCGCAGUACUGUACUGCAUUAUAUAGUAUUUGAAUUAUACAUAAUUCAAGUCAAAGUAAACUUUAUUGUCAUUUGGACCAUACAAUUCAAGAGUGCAUAGUAAUUUAAUUUGUAUGGUACUGUAAUCUGAAACUCGUUUGAAACAGCUGUACUGUAUUUUUGAAACGGUCAAUAAAAUUCAGUAAAUAGC